GCGACGAUGACACGCGUAUGGACGACAACGAGCCUAUCAACUGGCCAAACACUACGAAGGGAAAGGGCAAGGGCAAAGCCACUCAGCACGAAGACUCUGCAUACGAUGUGGAGAACCUACCCUGGGUAGAGAAGUACCGCCCGGUUACAUUGGACGACGUUGUGUCGCAUCAUGACAUCACAAGCACGAUCGUGAAGUUCAUCGAGAAGAACAGGCUCCCUCAUCUGCUGUUCUAUGGUCCACCGGGAACUGGAAAAACGUCGACCAUUCUCGCUGUUGCGCGGCGAAUAUACGGCAAUGACUACCGCAAGCAGAUCCUGGAGCUCAAUGCCUCAGACGACCGUGGCAUUGACGUUGUACGAGAGCAGAUCAAGAACUUCGCAGAGACGCGUACCUUGUUCGCCAAGGGCUUCAAGCUAAUCAUUCUGGACGAGGCGGACAUGAUGACCACCGCAGCACAGUCUGCCUUGCGCCGUGUAAUCGAGCAGUACACCAAGAACGUUCGCUUCUGCAUUAUCUGCAACUACGUCAACAAGAUUAUUCCCGCAAUUCAGAGUCGAUGCACACGGUUCCGCUUCUCACCACUGCCCAUAACGGAGGUGGAGAAACGUCUGAACAGUGUUAUUGAGGCCGAAGGAGUCAAGCUGACAGAGGACGGCAAGAAGGCUCUACUCAAGCUUUCAAAAGGUGACAUGCGUAGAGCGCUGAAUGUCCUUCAAGCAUGUCACGCUGCGUAUGACCGCAGCGGGGAGGCAGAAAUCUACAACUGCACAGGCAAUCCCCAUCCCUCCGACAUUGAAACGAUCGUCAACUCCAUGCUACAAGACGACUUUACGACCUCGUACAAUCUCAUAUCAGCGCUAAAGACGGAGCGCGGCCUGGCCCUCCCCGACCUCAUCAACGGCGCAUACGAGUAUCUUCAGACUAUCCAAUUCAAACCCAACGCACGCAUAUACCUCCUCGACUUUCUUGCAACCACUGAACAUCGACUCUCUACCGGAGGAAAUGAGAAGAUCCAGCUGACGGCCCUUCUUGGUGCAUUCAAGAACGCGGUGGAGUUGUCGGCCAAAUCCAUCUGA